AUGUCGGCGGGCCCACCACCUACAAACUUCGGGCCUUCUAUGCCCAGAGCGUCGUCGUUCUCGCGCCGAGAGAGCACUUUACAAAGCCCACUUUCCGUGCAUCCGCAGUCGCAGUACUACCAGUAUCCUCAAGGGCCGGGACCAGGGACUUGGGUUGCGCCAGAGGCGUAUCACCGCUCAUCCAUUCCUCAUCAGCCACAAGAGGAGUAUUACGAUUACCGUCGUCCGUCAUAUGCAUAUCCGCCACAAGCCCAGACACCACCUCAUUAUCAACCCUAUCCACCUCCUCAAGACCCUCGAGCGAGCCAGCAACAAGUUCAGUACUACAAUUUCCAUCAUGGCGACGGCGCUUAUCCAGGCUAUCCCUCCCGGAAGCGUCGAGGAAACCUACCGAAGGACGCGACGGCAAUUCUCAAGCAGUGGUAUGAUGCGCACAGAGCUUCGCCUUACCCGACGGAGGACCAGAAACAGAUGCUUGUGCAUCAAACGCAGCUCACGCUCAACCAAGUCAGCAAUUGGUUUAUCAAUGCCAGGCGCCGCACGCCGGGCAAGGAGAGGCAGGAGCGCGUUCAAAAUGGCGACAACGGCGCCGAUAAUAGCGCCGACAACAGCGGCCAGAACGGCGACGACAACGGCGGCGAAAACGGCGCCGAGAACGACGGCCAAACCUGA